AUGGCGAACCUGCACGCAAAAAAAUCCUGCGCGGGACUAGUUAGCGUCAGCCUCGCCAUCUCCUCCAUCCUGCGUCUGAUCUCAUCACCCCUCGCCGCUGGCGUCGCCCUGCUGCCUUACCUGUCCCCAGAGAGGCUGCACAGCGGAGUUCUCAGAGAUCUUGAGCGUCAAAAUCAUAAAAAGGAGAAUAUUCGCCUGCUAGAAGAGCAGAUUGCUUUGACAAAGCAGCUUAUGGAAGAAAGAGACAAGGCGCUAAUGGAAAAAAGGUCCCAGCAGUCCUAGGCAGAGGCCUGAGCCAUUAG